UCAGUCUCUUAACUAUAAUAAAGCGGAUGUAACAUUAAGAAUACCAAAGAUGUGGCUAUUGUUAGGUAUUGGAGUUCUGAUCAUGAGCUUAGUCUGGGAUACAGGACGCAAACGAUGGAGAAAUAGCGUCUUUGCGAAGUCAAAGAUUUCGGGACCAUUUUCGAUCCCAAUAUUGGGCAAUGGACUGCAGGCCUUGACUUUCAGGCCAGAAAAUUUUAUUCAGAGGUUUGGUGACUACUUCGAUAAAUAUGGCAAAACCUUUCGCCUGUGGGUUCUAGGCGAGUGUCUGAUCUACACAAAGGAUCUCAAGUACUUUGAAGCCAUUCUGAGUAGCAGCACACUGCUCGAAAAAGCAAAGCUCUACCGAUUUCUGCGUGAAUUUCUUGGCGAUGGACUCCUUUUAAGCACCGGAAACAAGUGGACUUCUCGCAGAAAGGUUCUCGCCCCAGCAUUUCACUUCAAGUGCCUCGAAAACUUCGUGGAGAUAAUGGAUAGAAAUAGUAGGAUUAUGGUGGAGAAAAUGAGAAGUGUGGCUGAUGGCAAAACAUGCGUGGACCUAUUCAAGUUGGUUUCGCUGGAAGCCCUUGAUGUGACCACAGAGUCCGCAAUGGGUGUUCAGGUGAAUGCUCAGAACGACCCAAAUUUCCCCUACACAAAAGCCCUCAAGAGAGUGGUUUAUAUCGAGUCAAAACGCAUGGCAAGUGUUUCGAUGCGUUAUAACUGGCUUUUUCCGCUGGCGGCUCCUUUGGUGUAUCGCCGCUUGCAAAAGGACAUUGGAAUUAUGCAGGACUUCACUGACAAGGUCAUUCGCGAACGACGAGCGAUUUUGGAGCGCACCAAGGCUGAUGGCACCUACAAACCGCUGAUAAUGGGAGACGAAGAAAUAGGUGGUAAGGCCAAGAUGACUUUGCUGGACAUCCUGCUGCAAGCCUCCAUCGACAACAAGCCCCUGAGUGAUGUGGAUAUCCGCGAGGAGGUGGACGUUUUCAUAUUCGCAGGAGAUGACACCACCACGAGUGGGGUGUCCCAUGCACUACACGCAAUAUCCAGGCAUCCCAAGGUCCAGCAGUGCAUCUACGAGGAACUACUGUCUGUUCUAGGAACGGAUCCCGACGCUCCAGUGACCCAAACCAAGUUGCUGGAACUGAAGUAUCUCGACUGCGUGAUCAAGGAGACGAUGCGUUUGCAUCCACCAGUUCCCAUCCUCGGAAGGUACAUUCGCGAGGACUUGCACAUUGGCGACAAAACCAUUCCCGGCAACACCAGCAUUUUACUAAUGCCCUACUAUGUCUACCGAGAUCCGGAGUACUUUCCGGAUCCCCUGGCCUUCAAGCCGGAACGAUGGCUGGACAUGAAAGCUACCUCGCAUACGCCUCUAGCGUAUAUUCCUUUUAGUGCAGGGCCCAAGAACUGUAUAGGCCAGAAAUUCGCCAACCUGCAGAUGAAGGCGCUGAUCAGUAAGGUCCUUCGGCACUACGAACUUCUUGCGCUUGGCGAGGAUCUUACACCUACGUACACCUUCAUUUUGAGUUCCUGUACCGGAAAUAAUGUUGGCCUUAAGCCAAGAACAAGAGUUAAAUGAUACAUAAGUGAUACAUAUGGUAAAUAGAAUCGCCAUCACUAUUUUUUUUUAUAUUUAUUUUACAAUAUAU